AUGUUGGACCUACCGCUGAGGGACGAGCUCCCCGACACUGAGCCUGUCCUCGAUACCCUGGGCGAAAUUGAUUAUCAGGCAACUUAUAAAAAGCUCCAGAAGCGGUUUGAGUUGAUACUGAAGGCAUCGGCGGCUCUCUUUGACCUUGAGAACGCUUCUCGGCAAACGAUGGCCUACUACAAACGACGAAACGAUGCCAUUCUUGAUUAUUUGGAUACCGUGGAAGAGCGAAAACAAGCCACUCUCGACAAAGACCGGCUCGAUGCCUUGGUCGGACAAUGUCCGCGGAUCGCCGACACCGUAUUGCCGAUUGCCGACUUAGACAAUCCCGAUCUGAAAAUCCACAAGAAACACUACGAAAACUUGUAUAUGACCGAGCAGAUCAGUGAUUUGGUCAACGACGAUGCCUCUCCAUUGGAAGUGGACCCCACUCUGGCACAAUGGUGGUGCCAAACUCACAACCGUGCCGAUCUUGUGCUGCCUCAAUUCAGACUAGCUGAUGUACCCAGUGAGGGCAUUCAAGAAGGCUACGUUGGUAGCGGAUUGGAGAUGAACUGGCUGGAAUUGGACAAACCGAAGAAGGUGGUGAAAAAGCGCCCGGAAAAGAAGAAGAAGGCAGAAAAACCAGCACCCGCUGAAGUAGCCACGAGUUAA